GCGCCGCUAGGACAAACGCAACGUUGUUUUUACGCGCCAUUUUCGGUGCUGGGCUGGAGCUGGAGCUGGAGCUGGAGUUGGAUGGCGAGCGCACUUCGCCGGGCGGCUCUGGUGUGAAGCCCGGCCGCUCCCCCCACCCCCGUCUACACGCGGGAUAAUAAUGCUGCUGCCUUCCGACGUAGCGAGACUUGUCUUGGGAUAUCUGCAGCAGGAAAAGCUUUCUAAUACUUGCAGAGCCUUAAUACUGGAAAGCCAUGAUCUAAAGGAAUAUGCUGAACACAGUACUGACGAUGGGGUGGUCCCUGCUUGUUUACUGUCACUGUUUGGAAAGAACUUGAAAACUAUACUUAAUGAAUAUGUUGUUAUGAAGGCAAAAGAUUCAAUGCCAGAAGCUCCUGCUGUUUUGCCAUCUUUGUGGAGGAAAUUGGAGUAUACUCUUUCUCAAAUCAGGAGCUUGCAACAGAGCUCUGUUGCACUUGCUGCAAACCAAAGAGCUCGAACAAAAAAUGCUUUGAAUGAAUUGAGACGCCAAGGGAACUAUUCUUCAAGGCAGACACCCAGGAUUAACUCUGGCCUUUUGGCAAUAUCUUCAGAAACAGAGCAGAGGAUUAUCACACCUUUGUCAGCAAGCCCAGUGGUCAUUGCACACAGUUCUGGAACCAGUCCACACAUUCCACAAGCUAGACUGGACAGUUAUGCAUGCCAAAUCCACACGCAAGAUGCAAAUCAUCCUGCCAUUAAAUCAGCUGGUGAAGCUCUUCAUGUUGUUGUUUCUGGACCUUGUGAUCGAAGAUUACAAUCUGAGCAUAUUUCUCCAGGGAAACGAAAAUGUGAUUCUCCUCGCAAAAGAAGUGGCUUUGUGUCAGUGCAGAAUUCAGCUACCAGAAGUGUAUACAAUGAAGUGGAAGAAUGCCAAGUUGAAAUUGCUGGUGAAAGUUUUCCACAAAGAGUCAUCGAAAACGCCAGAGAGAAAAUCCUGAAAGAUCAAUCUCUUCUAGAAAAACUUGCGGAAAACAUUAACAAAGUUAUGUACAGUGAGUCUUGUGCUGGACAUCCUACAAAGCCAUCUGACAGUAGUAGUACAUCACCGGAUCAGUCCAUUGAUGAAAUCCUAGGCCUCGGGGAUGAAGUCCACAUGUCUGACGAAGCUAUUCACGAUAUCUUGGAGCAGACCGAGUCAGAUCCAGCAUUUCAGGCUUUGUUUGAUCUCUUUGAUUAUGGCAAGUCUAAAAAAAGUGAAGACUCAGAUAAAGGACCAUCCGAUCAGAACAAUAUGAAUGAAAUGGAAAAUAGUGCAAAUACUGCAUAUCUGGGCAAAUUUAGUACAUUUCCAACUGCGGGAUUAGGUAACUUGGUACCUUUACCUUCAACAAUCUCCGAGAAUGAGCCAAAUAGUUACACAAACAAGAGCAAAGAUGAUGGAGCAACACAUAGUACCAAAAUAUCUACAGAAUCAACUUUAACUACAAAAUCCAAAAUAAAUGAAAAUCAGAUUCUUCCAAACCUCAGUACAGCUGAUGCAAACAAAUCUGUGGUUUCAAUGGAUAGUCGGAGUUCCAGCUCUCAGGGAAACAGAAGUAGUAGUUGGAGCACUGGAGAAGCUACUUCUGUAUCAGAUCUUCCUACAUCUGCAGCUGUAAUCCAGUCAACUUUAUCAACAUCACUAGGAACAGGGGAUGUUGCUGAAAUGGAAAUUAGGACUCGGAAUCCAUCUGCUUGCAAUGAAAAAACACAUCAAUCUCCAGUUGUGCAACAGCAGCCCCCUGAGGAUACUCUGGCUAUUGAAGAGUUAAAUAAUCAGAGUGAGAAAACUGAAUCGCUAUCCAUAAUCGUAAGUCAAAAUGGGCUUGCUUCAGAAGCUAGUGAUAUAUCUCCAAUUUGUGAUACGAACGAACCAAACGCCGCUACAAGUCAAUCUAAACAUGAAGUGCCGGCAAUCAAAGCACUCGGAGCUACAAAGACAAGUGUUGAGACUGGAGCUGGAGUUUGUAAUGUACCGGCAUCAACUAGUACUGAAACAUCAGUUCAAUCAACUUUUGCAGUACAGAAAAGUUCUGGUGAUUCUUUUAUUGCUGUGGUGGCAAGUCAGCAAAAUAUUUUGCACAUGUCAAGAGUAUCUAGAAGUCCUGCUUUAGCCACUGAAACACAGUCUCAAGCUCUUCUUUCUUCUUUCCCAGAAACAUCAAAUAGUUCUGCUGUAAGUUCUAGUUCGGUGAACUUUCUUACAUCUGAUGCAGUAAAAACGAGCGUGGUUUCCGUGGACGUAGAGAUGCCUGAUCGGAUGGAGCCAGUUUCUUCCUCCGUUUCAUCUUCCAAGUCAAACUCUGAGAAUAAGGUCACAACCUUACAACCAAAUUUUGUUAGCUCCGGCUCGAAUCCUGUAACUGAGAGUGUUUCAACUAACAUGAUGCCCAGGUCGACUGUCACUGCCACUUCUGCAAACUCUGAGGUUAUCUCCACGUCUAAAGUUUCAAAUGCUGAACCUUCCAGCACCAUGGAGGUAGAUCCCACAAAUAUAGUCACACUCAAGAUAAUUAUUAGUGACGAUCCCAAACAAUUAUCUUCAGAUACAGAGUUAAAUAAUGCUGUGUCCAGUAUUACAAAUGAAAAUGUGCCAACAAUCGUAUUGUCUUCUCCAGGUGGUUCCCCCAUAAAAGGCAAAGAGUUAAGCCAUGCUGGAAGUAGCAAUUGUGUUGCUGUUACAGAAACUAUCUCCAGGCACAAUUUGCGCACGAGAAAUGAAGAGACGGAAAGUGCUGUGAGUAGUUUGGAAAUGCCAGAGGAGCCCGAGAGCAGUGUGCAAAAUGUUGUGUGUGCUGAUGUGGAAACUAUGCCCACGCAAAGCAUAACCUCCAGUAACGUGACUGUCACUGCACCACCUCAGACUAACAAUACUCUGUCCAUUCAAAAUCCACGGGGCCGAAGAAAAGACACUGGGCUUGUACAAUUGUUGCCCGCUGCCACCACAUUUGGGCAGUCCAGCAAUGUUCUUAUAGCGGCUUGUGUGCAAGAUUCUGCAGGACAACCUUUGAUGAAAGGAGAUGAAUCUAGUAACAGUAACGCUUUCAUUUUGGAUCACCGUGGGGGUUCUGCAAAAGUCUUGCUGCUACCGAGCAGCUCUGCCUCUACAACCAUAACAACAUCAGUUCCUCGGGCUUUAUCUACACCUCCAAGGCCAAGCACUGUAUUUCCCAUGGGGCAGCCUGUAUCUUCGAGUUUUUCACAAGGUUCAACUUUUUUUAUCACAUCCCCUGUUCAGCCAGUGCUACAAGGUGUAAUGGGAAUGAUUCCAGUUUCAAUAAUGGGUCCUAAUAGUCUAACUUCAUUCACGAUGUCACCCCAACAGCAGGUUCUCCGUAUGCCAGUAUCCUCUUCACUUGGAAAAAAAUGCAGCAGAUUCAGCAAACUUCCCAUUUCGAGGAAACCACCACAGCUAGCAGUUCAACCAAGCACCAUAAGUACAGGACAGUCAUCUGUAAUUGGCACAUUCAUCUCAAUAGAUUCAUCAAUAACACAAAAUACAAACCAGCCCCAGAGGAGUGAAAACUCAGAUUUACGACCUGCAGACCAAGCAGGAAAAUCAAAAGAGCGACCGGUGGAGAUAUCCAGUGCAUCAAGCUCAACAUUGAAAACACAGCACCAUAGACGUGUGCUCUGCUUUGAUCACGCAUCUUCCACAGAAUCAGGUCAACCAACCAUCGAAUCCAAUGCUAGUCAAGAAAAGGAGGAGAAUUGCGCAGAUAAUAAAAGUCAACCGGACAGACUAUUUGUUUUCCAAAACAAGGAGCGAUCUGAAAGGACAGAUGCAGGAAUUAAUAAAGGGAGAGAACUACAGAGCAAGUCAGAGAAAAAUAAAAAUUCAUCUUCAGGCCCACCUCAUGAUUCAUUCCACAAAGCAACAGCAAAUAAGGAAAACAAAGCAAUCAGGGACCAGGUUAGACAAAGAAGUCGAGAAACUUCAGAUCCUUCAAAUGCACAGAUGCAAAAAAAAGGCACUCAAAGUGACCGAACUAAUUCUCAGACAGAAUUGCCGAAGGAUGGCGUAAGCAAAAUUCCUGAGUCUCAUCAAGAAAGCAAAAAGGUAAACACUGCUCUUGUGGUCGCCCCAGAUAUUGCUUCUAAAAGGAAUGCAGAUAAAAGUGAUAGUUUUAGUCUGACGAGCACACUGACCAAACAGGCGGCCGAAAUGCUCCAAGACAUGCAGAGGCAAAGCCCUGUCCCAAAGCAAACUAGCAAUGGCGACUUAUGUGCGCCCAGGACACCAGGCUCUGCUUUACAUGAAAGUCCAGAUGAUUGUUUGGAUGUUCAACAGACUCCACAAAAUAAAGGACAUGGAGAUGAAAGGGCAUCGCCGAGAGUAAUGAUACCUCCUACAACCCCAGACAUACCAACGUGUAGCCCGGCAAGCGAAGCAGGAAGUGAAAACAGUGUUAGUAUGGCUGCACACACACUCAUGAUUCUCUCAAGGGCAGCGAUUGCAAGGACUGCUGGUACCACACCUCUGAAAGAUAAUACAUGUCAAAUCAGAUCACCACUUAGCCAGACAAAGAAAAGAAAGCUGGACGAACAGGAGGAAGAAUAUAAACAGCAAUCUUUAUCCAGAAAGACAGACCUUCAAAAUUCCAAUUCUCCUGGAAGGAAGAAAAGGUCAAAGUCACAUAAACAUAAGAGAAAGAAACACCUCGACUCUUUUCCUGUUGAAAUGGAUGUAGAUAAGUUUUUGAGUUCACUUCAAUAUGAUGAAUGAUCCUACAGAAUUCAAUAUUGCCUUAAGCUGAACUAAGGAACAGAACAACCCUUGCAUCCUUCAGUUCACUAUACUCAUUGAUUUCCUUGUAUUUCUGACAUUAUAAAAUUUUGAAUGAGUUAUAUUAGCACUUAAAAUUUCAUUUGAAAUUUUAGAUAUUUGCAAGGUCAUCUUGACAUUGAGUAGUUAAAGAGCAAGUAUUGUAGAAAGUGAUAACUAAACUUUUCCCAUACAUGCUUGUUUGGAACUUGUGUUGUAUAUUCUAAAUUACAAUUGUUGAAUGCUGUGUAAAUACUGUAAAGCUGUAAACUGUAAUUAUAAAUCUACCUUAAGGAA